GCGAGGGCAAAGAAGGUCCUAGAACACAUUCCCAUCUAUAUAUACCCUUGUACUUGUCUCCCUCUGCAAUCAGAUUUCGUAAUUCCAAAGCUAAAAUUCCUGCAGCGAAUCACUUCUCAAAUCCUAGCACGCGCUCUUUCUCUCUCUAAAUUCUCUCUGAUUGUAAGACUGAUUCAUCAUCAAUGGCGGACGUUCAGAUGGCCGAUGCUGAGACCUUCGCUUUCCAGGCCGAAAUCAACCAGCUUCUGAGCCUCAUCAUCAACACUUUCUACAGCAACAAGGAGAUUUUCCUUCGUGAACUCGUCAGCAACUCCUCUGAUGCAUUGGAUAAGAUCCGAUUUGAGAGCUUGACGGACAAGAGCAAACUUGAUGCUCAACCGGAGCUCUUCAUUAGGAUUGUCCCCGACAAGACCAACAAAACGCUUUCCAUCAUCGACAGCGGUAUCGGAAUGACCAAAGCAGAUUUGGUUAACAAUCUGGGUACAAUUGCGAGGUCUGGGACUAAGGAAUUUAUGGAGGCAUUGCAAGCAGGAGCCGAUGUGAGCAUGAUUGGGCAAUUCGGUGUUGGUUUCUACUCGGCUUAUCUUGUUGCAGAUAAGGUUAUAGUCACAACUAAGCACAACGAUGAUGAGCAGUACAUUUGGGAAUCACAGGCUGGUGGCUCAUUCACCGUCACUAGGGACGUCAAUGGAGAGCAACUGGGCAGAGGAACCAAAAUCACUCUCUUCCUCAAGGACGAUCAGUUGGAGUACUUGGAAGAGAGAAGAAUCAAAGAUCUUGUGAAGAAGCACUCUGAGUUCAUCAGCUACCCAAUUUACCUGUGGACUGAGAAAACAACAGAGAAGGAGAUCAGUGACGACGAAGAUGAUGAGCCCAAGAAGGAAGAAGAGGGCGAUAUUGAAGAGGUUGACGAGGAGAAAGAGAAAGAGAAGUCAAAGAAGAAGAAGGUGAAGGAGGUCACUCAUGAGUGGCAGCUCAUCAACAAGCAGAAACCCAUUUGGUUGCGCAAGCCCGAGGAGAUAACCAAGGAGGAAUACGCCUCUUUCUACAAGAGCUUGACAAAUGAUUGGGAAGAUCACCUUGCAGUCAAGCACUUCUCUGUUGAGGGACAGCUUGAAUUUAAAGCUAUUCUGUUUGUGCCAAAGAGAGCUCCAUUUGAUCUAUUUGACACCCGCAAGAAGAUGAACAAUAUCAAGCUCUAUGUCCGGAGAGUGUUCAUCAUGGACAACUGUGAAGAGCUCAUCCCGGAGUACCUUGGAUUUGUUAAGGGUGUUGUUGACUCUGAUGACUUGCCACUCAACAUCUCUCGUGAGAUGCUGCAACAGAACAAGAUUCUCAAGGUGAUCAGGAAGAACCUUGUGAAGAAAUGCAUUGAGAUGUUCAAUGAGAUUGCAGAGAACAAGGAGGACUACAACAAAUUCUAUGAAGCUUUCUCCAAGAAUUUGAAGUUGGGUAUCCAUGAGGACAGCCAGAACAGGGCGAAAUUGGCUGAUUUGCUCAGAUAUCACUCAACAAAGAGCGGCGACGAGCUGACUAGCCUGAAGGAUUAUGUCACGAGAAUGAAGGAGGGCCAAAAGGACAUCUACUAUAUUACUGGCGAGAGCAAGAAAGCUGUUGAGAACUCACCAUUUUUGGAGCGGCUCAAGAAAAAGGGCUAUGAAGUGCUCUUCAUGAUUGACGCCAUUGAUGAGUAUGCUGUUGGGCAAUUGAAGGAAUAUGAUGGGAAGAAGCUUGUUUCUGCUACUAAGGAAGGUUUGAAGCUAGAUGAUGAGAGUGAGGAGGAGAAGAAAAAAAGGGAGGAAAAGAAGAAAUCCUUUGAGAACCUUUGCAAGACCAUCAAGGACAUUCUUGGAGACAAGAUUGAGAAGGUGGUUGUCUCUGAUAGGAUUGUGGAUUCUCCCUGCUGUUUGGUGACUGGAGAGUAUGGUUGGACUGCAAACAUGGAGAGGAUCAUGAAAGCUCAGGCACUGAGGGACAGCAGCAUGAGCUCUUACAUGUCAAGCAAGAAGACCAUGGAGAUCAAUCCUGACAAUGGAAUUAUGGAGGAGUUGAGGAAGAGAGCUGAGGCUGACAAGAACGACAAGUCGGUGAAAGAUCUUGUGAUGCUGCUGUUUGAGACGGCGCUCUUGACUUCUGGGUUCAGUCUUGAUGAUCCAAAUACAUUUGCUGCGAGGAUUCACAGGAUGUUGAAAUUGGGCCUGAGCAUCGAGGAGGAUGAGGAAGCAGGUGAGGAUGCCGACAUGCCAGCUCUGGAAGAGGAGGCUAACGAGGAGAGCAAAAUGGAAGAAGUGGAUUGAGUACAUAGAAUAUUACAUUUGUAAUGGGCGUGUGUUGUGGAUAACCUGUGUUUUAUCGUCUUAGGCAAGUGAUGGUGUAGAGGUUUUUGUGAGGUCGUGUCUGGGAGUGAGUACUCCCCUUGUUUGUCCAGUCUUUUGUCUUUUCACUUUUGGUUUUUGAGUCUUACCUGUGGUCGUGGACCUAUUUCAGUGCAUUACCACCUAUUUUCUUAACAAUCAAGUGUAGUCAUUGUUCUCUCUCUC